AUGAGCCUUAUUCCCAUCAUCUGCACCCAUGAGGUUAUCACAUCUGUCCUAUCGACAGCAUACGAGGCUUCAAGCAAAAUCGAUUCGCCUCCGAGCCUUAUCCUUGUUAUGACAGCCAACGCGGCCGAACUCCAGAAGUACACAAAAGACUCUGUCACCAAGCCGCCGGUUGAGUCCCUCCAGUAUCCUUUCCUUGGCUGGGACAUAGGCAAGAUCGCCCAGUUCCUACAGGAGAACGCAUCGAAGACUGUAGUAGAUCAUACUACGUUUCUUGUCGCCGAUGAGAAAACAACCUCGGAUGAGGAUACCCUGCUCCUUGUUUACAAUAUUGAAGAUUCGCAGGAGAGUAUACGGCUGUCUGCUGGCUAUGCCAACAGUCAGGCGGUGUCGGUCUCGGUUGCAACCACGGAUGUGGGCGAGUUGCGGAGCCUGGCGGAUGAUGAUGGGGUGUACAGAGGGGGUCCGCAACGCCCGCCGCCAAAAAAGGGUGGGAAGGCGCCCAGGAAGCAGCUGUAA